AUGGAGUUUGAAAUGCGCCCUGAUGCCUUGACUUCUCGCACUCUCGAUCGUGUCACAGAGGAUCCAAUAGUACUACCGUAUUUUGUUGAGUUUCCAGCACUCAACCCAUCUGACUUACUGAAGAAGUUUAUUGCGAAAGAGGGAUUGAUCAGACAUGGUACUGGCCCUUACUUCAAGGAAACGGACAGGUCUCCAUUGCAGGUUAAGAUCACGGAUACAAACAAUGGUAGUGAUGACACUGGUGCGGCUGUGACCAACAGGGACGCAUUCAGCUUGAUCACGGUGCUUUACACCCCCGAUGCACCAGUGGGCUCAUUCUUGAAACUAAAAAACACUAGUAUCCAUAUAGUGCAGAAGGGUAAGGGCAAGGUGGUUCUGGUAUACCCAGAUGGUCAUGUGAAGUCAUUCACAGUCGGUCUUGACUACGAGAGUGGUGAAAGUAGCCAAUGGGUUGUCCCAGGUGGAGUGUUCAAAGCGUGUUUCACCAUCCCUAAUGAAGAACUGGACAACAGUCUUCUCAUAAGCGAGGUGGUGGUUCCAGGAUUCGAUAUUCAAGAUUGCAUUACGAUGUCAGGGAAAGAAGAACUUGUAGCCUUAGUCGGCCAGGAGAAAGCCGAAACAUUGAAAUAUCUAAUGUAA